AUGGCUCGCUCGCACUGGCAUAUUCUUCCUCCGCUCCUUUGCUUAUCACUAUCGGCCCAAGCGCAAGUGCGGCCAGAGCAAGCUCCCCUCUUCCCGUCUAUUGACAGCUAUGGGCCGAGUAUAGAGAUUGCACGCGAGAAUGGUCCCCAGAUCUUCAAUGCACUUCACUCCUCGUUGAGGCAAUGGGGCUCCUCCCUCAAACACAAUGGGAUGAGUUACUUCCCGGCCAGUAUUCCAGCAGAUACGAUUCUAUAUCAUGGCGCACGCGCACAAGAUCCCGUAAAGGGAAUGGAAUGGCUUGCAUUCGAAAUUGAGCACGCAGAGUUGUUUGCCAGAUCAAUGGGAGUGCGUCCUCCAGGUGGAGGACCCCCAGGUGGAAGACCUCCGGGAGGAAGACGGCCUGGCGUGCCAGAACGCGGCACACCUCCAGACGAAGAGGUUUCUGAGUGGAGACUUGUUCCACCAUACGAUGUGGACAUAAACCAAGAUGCUUCUGAGUCACCACAUCGUGUUCCCCCACCGAACAAAGAAAUGCCAGGCUACCUUCACGAGUAUCGCACCAAGCGAGAGUUAUCUUGUCUCUUGUACCUCGAUGGAAUGUCUGCAGGCAAGACAUCCAUGGGUACUUUGGAUACGCAAGAUGUUGUACUACGCAAUAACACCAACUCAACUACGCCUUGGGAUGACUACCAGCGCGCAAGAGAUCUAUGCGAUCUUGGUGUUGAAUGGGGGCUGGAAGGCUUUAUUCGCAUGGAAGGAGGAUUCGAACUGAUACUGUGCAACUUCACCGAUGGCCUGGAUUUCCUGUCGGCUAGAAAGAGACCCAAAUACGAUCAACCAGAAGCAUACAAUGAAAUGUUUCAGCUUGAAUACUCGAGAGGUAUCGCAGCCAGAUUUCAAGGCCUCCCAGCUAGUAGAUUGACCAUUGAUCGUUCUUCAAUGGUAUCUGCCUUCUUCUACCCACUCAAUCUUACAAAUCCGGACGAACUCAGGCCUGAACUUCCCAGGCUGGUCUCCUCUGAAUCUGAAGUGAUCGCGCGCCUCAGAUCAGAUCUACGCCAAGUAAUGUCGGCAGAUAAAUCUCUUCAGCGCAACAACAUUGAUUGGCAAGGAGUGGUAGAUUUGAUUGUUACACGGUACUCUGACCGGUUGCAAUUCAUGGCCUCUCAAAAGGCCACGCAAAGGGGUAUCCAAUCAGAAAUUAACCUCCUUCUGUCGAACUUCAUCGAUUACAACAGCACCGUCGACGUCCGAACGGCAAAGAAGAUCUGCGCUAUGCAUUAUUUGCAAUCCAUAUAUCCAAAAACUACUCAAGAUUACUUGAUCUAUGAAGCGGUCUUGAGCGUCUCGCGGGAAAUUUGCAACACACUCUUUGAAGUAAGAGACAUCAUCCUUCAACCGGAGGACAGCGGUUCGUUUGGUGCAGAUAAUCCAAAGUCGCCAAUUGGAGCACAUGGCUCGAGUGUGGUAAAUGUGAAUACGAAGAAGUAUGCUUUCUUGCUAUCUGGCCUUGGGGAAGUCCGGAAGAUCAUUAUCAGCCCAGGUGUUUAA